AUGUGCCGGACGGGUAGUGUGUGUGGCGAGCACAAGAACAACUGGCUAAUUAAAGAGGUCACUAAAUGGGCACCAAAAAUCGAAAAGCUCCCGGGAUUUCCGAGACAAAAAUGGGUGGAGAUGGGAUAUAGAAAGGAAAGGUAUAUAUUAUGUAGAUAUUCUAAAAAUGAAUAAUGCCGUGUCACCAUGGGCGUCCCCAGACAUUUUUCUAGGGGGGGGGGCAAAAUUAAUUUAAAAAAUAAAUGAAAAUUGUUUAUACAUUUUAUUUAUAGUAGGUAUAUUAUUAUAUUUUGUCAUUAUUACAAUUAAAACAUUACAAUUAGAUAUUAUUAUAAUACAUUAGUCUUUUUCAUUAAAUAUAAAUUUCAAUCUCCGUGGACAUUCUCUACCAAAUUGUGUCAGUGCGUUUUCAAUACAUUUUUCAGCUAAUAAUUUAUUGCCGUGUUAGCACCAAAAAGUACGAUAAGAUAAAAUAAUCCGAUUAUUAUUAAUGAUAGUUUUUAUGGAUAGCCGUGCGCUGACAUAUAGCAACAUAGGUAGACCUAUUUUUAGAAGCUAAUUUCUCAUUGGAAAUUUUACCAAUUGCUAUAUAUAUAUAUAAUAAUAUUUAUAAUUAUAACAUUCCAGGAGGGGCAAGUGCCCCGUCUUGCCCCCCCCCUGGGGACGCCCAUGCGUGCCACUGCAGUGAUUGACGGAAAUGACUGGCGGUCAUAGCAAAGAGCCUAAAUGUUUCCGAACUAUAUUAUACUAAUUCAACAGAAUAAAUAGGGAUAACAGUAUGCCCGUGUAAAAAUUUACUUGAAAACUAGAGGAUAGUUUGAGUGUAUUUAUAGAUAGGAACUAAAUUAAAAACCGACCGCUGUGAUAAAUAGUCAAGCGAGUAGAUUCAGAAAAAAAGUUAACAAUUAAUAAUUAUUUUCAAUGUUUACCCAAGAGUAAUGAAAUUAAUGAGUCAACAAAAAAAAAUGUUGUUUUUUUUAUUAGGUAAUCCGCAUUGCACGCGAACAAUGUUCUAAUCAAAACAAAGUUUGUUUUAUCCGUCGCAGUCUACACAGUACUACAAUAGGCAAUAUCACAACGAAAUAUUUUGAAAAACAAUAUAAAACAAUACCGGUGUACGUUAACACAAUCGAUAAUUAACAAUAUAAUUAUCUGACUUCAAUAUUUGUCGUCGGCCGAUAACUGAUUAACAUUACCUAUAUCGUACUUAAGACCAUAGCUACAGAUUACCUACAUUACCUAUCUUUGUUGUUAUAUUCAUUGCUGUCAAACGAUCAACUGUCAACAAUGUACAAAUAAACAUAAAACAAGAGGGAAAGGGGGAGAGAAAUACUAAAAUGCGCUCUUGGAUGCAUCCGUUGAACCUAAAGAGGCCUCAACGUUUGUCGUAAACGAAUUUUCUCUAUGCAGUGCCGUAACUAUGUGGCUCAGUGGCAGAUUUUCAGCUUUUUCUAAGAGGGGAAAGGCAUCCUUAGUUAAUACCACUUAUGUACCUGGGCAAUAAUCAGUUUGCUAAAGAGUAAGACUUUAUCGCACUUAAUAUUUAGCCACAGCUUGGAAAAAUAAUAGCACAACGACACCACAAGGUUAUUUAAGGGCCUUUAAUAGUAAGCAAGCGAUUAUUUAUCUAUCUAUUUAUAUAUAUUUAUAUCGUUUCUUCUUCUUACCGAACUUGGCCCCCGUUUUCACAUUUAUGUGGAUAUCGCUAUUUAUUGUAAUAUUACAUUCUACCUAAUUAUAAAAAUAUAAUAAACGUCCUAUGUCAUGCACGGAUACACAGUAUAAUUAGUAUAAGUCCGAAAAUAGCAUUGAAAUCGGUACUUCUACCAUAAUUAUACCGUGGUUACCUAAUUAGUAAUAUAACGUACGCAGUCGUAGGAACUGGCAAACACGCUAAGUAUACGGUUUAUAUACCACAACCGGCGUGCGACAUGGUAUUCCAAGAACGUUGAUCUUCUCUCUCCUCCCCCUUCGAAGUUGGAUUUUUGUUGAUUCUUGAUUUCCCUCGUAAUAAUCACCGUAAUUGAGCGUAAUGUGUAGUAAUUUUGUUUAGAAGAGAUUUAAGAUUAAAUUUUAAUGAAAAUCGUAAAAAUCAUAUCAAAAAUCUACAAAAGCUCUAAAAGAAAAUAAAUUUGAUUAUCACAGAUACCAAUUAUUAAAAGCAGAAAAAAAGUUGCGUGCUGUAGUUCGAGGAUUACACCCUUACACUAAAAUUUGCGAAAUCAAAAGAAAUCCAUCUGAUUCAGAUUAUUCAACGAGUAAGAUUUUUAAUAUACAAAUAAAAAAGAAAUUGAAUCCAAAAGACAAACAUAGCGAAUAGAUGAGGAUAAAAUUACCCUUAUUCUUGUGGACUUAGACCCACAAGCUAAAGCUAAUAAUAAAGACAUCUAGAACGUGGACAGUUUAUGUUACAGUCAAAUUAAAAUUGAGCCACCAAGAAAGAAAAAAAAACGUACUACAGUGUAAAAACUGUCAGUCUUAUGGGCAUAUACUCAAAAUUAUUUUCACCACAAAUUUGUAUAUGUGAAAUGUGGCGAAUAUCACUGUACAGAAAACUGCCAAAAGUCGAAAAACCAAAACGAAAAUGUCCAAAUUUAUUGUGCUGAAGCACACACUGCAAGCUGGAAGGGCUGCUCUGCUUACAAUAAAGCAGAAGAAAAAGUGCGCUUAAAAAAGGUAACUAUUGUUAUAAAAGUUAUUCAACAGAAGCCAGUGAAAACAGCCACGUCUUACGCUCAGAUUACGCUGAUUCUUUAA